AUGGAUGGGGGAGCUUUCCUGGGCACCUCCCGACGUUUCUUCGUUUAUGUUUUUGCAGCAGCCGAUGACAGGAAUCGUGUGUUUCACCGGGAGGUGAAUAAAGUGGGGGAGAACCGCGGGGCGGCAGCCGAUGACAGGAAUCGUGUGUUUCACCGGGAGGUGAAUAAAGUGGGGGAGAACCGCGGGGCGGCCUUUCGGGGCGCCGGCACCCGCUCCGCCAGCCGGUUCCCUUCCCUCCCGGCGCAGGGGGCGGCCCACCGGCGGGGCUGCGCGACUUCUCCGCCCUCGAUUUGCAGAACGACGAUUGCAAAACCGUUUAGUUUUCUUGGCGUUUGGGUUCCGGGAUUUUUUCAGAUGACAAGUCGUGGUUUGAAAAUGAUACAAGCUAAGCCAGAGUUAACAACACCGUGCUGUAAAAGCAAGCUGUAUAUUAACAGGAGUAUCGUGUUUAAGGCCCGAGAGGUAAUCCUUACGCGCUACUUGUUGCUGUGGAUAACACCACCUCUCUUCUCCAUCACCAAGGCUCAAACACUACGGCAUUUUGCAGCUGGGACAAAGAAAGAUGCUGCGGCAAAUAAAACUGACUACUCGUUGCAUGAAGAGUCACCUGAAAAUCAGUCUCUCACUGUAUUGACCCAUGGAAACCAGCGCAGACCCUCGUCCAGGAACCAGCCCAACCAGCCUUCAGUGCAUGACAACACACGGGCAUCAACAACUCCGGCUGAGAAAACUGCGUCAGCAUCGUUGCGCUUGCCUUCGUUAAAAGUUACUGGCCCUUGUGCUCUAUUCAGCAAGCACCCAGAUAGCCAGUUUGAUUGCCCCGAAGCCUCGCAGAUGCCUUGCAGGCAGACUGCCGGCCAAAAAGCUGCACUUGGUCACUUCCCAGCUCCGUGUUCCCCUGUUGUACCCGCAACUCUCACUUUCUCUCUGUAUUCUCAAAGCAACGGCCUUUGCUGUGUCUGCCGGCCAGCGCAGGGACGCCGGGCCCCGCCGGGCCCUUCCCCGCUGCCCGCGGCGGCGGGUCAGGUGACGCGAGGGCAGGCUGCGCAAUACAGGGAGGUGCGGGCACGACACGUGAGGCUGCCACCCACCCACCCGCAGAAACGUGUCCGUUCCCCGCGUGGUGGCUGGAAAGGGCAGAGCGGGAAACGCCGCGGGACUGACUGGCUCGAGGCUCGCCGGACCCGAAGAGGCUCUGGGAAAGACGUCUCCAAACCGCGGACUUUUGCUGCCGCGGAGACUGAACGACGAGGAAAUAACUGCCUGAUCUUCAGUCUUGAUCUUGGAGGUAUAUCUGCUAUUGUACUGAACGGCUAUGAUGCAGUAAAAGAAUGCCUUGUUCAUCAAAGCGAAAUUUUUGCAGAUAGACCGUCUCUUCCCUUGUUUAAGAAGCUGACAAACAUGGGAGGCUUACUGAACAGUAAAUAUGGCAGAGGAUGGACAGAACAUCGCAAAUUAGCUGUAAAUACCUUUCGAAUUUUUGGAUAUGGUCAAAGGUCCUUUGAACACAAAAUUUCAGAAGAAUCUAUGUUUUUUCUUGAUGCCAUUGAUACAUACAAAGGCAGACCAUUUGAUCUUAAGCACUUGAUAACAAAUGCUGUUUCAAACAUUACUAAUUUGAUUAUUUUUGGAGAACGUUUUACAUAUGAAGAUACUGAAUUUCAGCACAUGAUUGAGAUUUUUAGUGAAAAUAUUGAAUUAGCUGCUAGUGCUUCUGUAUUUUUAUAUAAUGCCUUUCCUUGGAUUGGUAUCUUGCCAUUUGGGAAACACCAGCAGCUGUUUAAAAAUGCAGCUGAAGUCUAUGACUUUCUUCAUGAGCUUAUUGAACGUGUCUCUGAAAAUAGGAAGCCUCAGUCACCUCGACAUUUUGUAGACGCAUAUUUAGAUGAGAUGGAUUGCAAUGAAAAUGAUCCAGAAUCUACAUAUUCAAGAGAAAACUUAAUUUUCUCUGUUGGAGAACUCAUCAUAGCUGGGACAGAAACCACAACAAAUGUUUUAAGAUGGGCACUGUUAUUUAUGGCUCUUUAUCCAAACAUUCAAGGGCAAGUUCAAAAAGAAAUCGAUUUAGUCAUCGGCCCAAACAAAAUGCCUGCCUUAGAAGAGAAAUGCAAAAUGCCAUACACUGAGGCUGUACUACAUGAAGUUCUAAGAUUCUGUAAUAUAGCUCCACUAGGUAUUUUUCACGCAACUGCCAAAGAUACUGUUGUGCGUGGUUACUCUAUUCCUGAAGGCACUACAGUCAUUACAAACCUCUACUCCGUUCAUUUUGAUGAAAAAUACUGGAGCAAUCCAGAAGUGUUUUUUCCUGAGAGAUUUUUGGACAGCAGCGGGCAGUUUGUCAAGAAAGAUGCAUUUAUUCCUUUUUCACUAGGAAGAAGACAUUGUCUUGGAGAACAACUAGCUCGAAUGGAAAUGUUUUUGUUUUUCACUUCAUUACUACAACGAUUUCACCUGUGUUUUCCUCAUGGCGUGAUUCCAGAUCUCAAACCAAGAUUAGGCAUGACAUUACAACCACAGCCAUACCUCAUCUGUGCAGAAAGACGGUGAAGAGAAGGGUCUAGGUUGUCAGGUGGAGCACAAUGCUCCAAGUUGC